AUGUCCAAACCUCGCUCGUCUCGCAAGAACUCCCGGUCUGUCGUUUCCGAAGUCCCAUGGCGAGUCGAUACUCCAUUUGGACCGCCUCAGGUGCCACGCUCGUUUCCCAAUGGUGGGAUUCGACGACUCCGGAACACAUUGUCGAAGCUCUCUCCCUCCGCCUUCGCCGAGAAAGAGCUGCUGCGCAAAAAGAAUCAAUAUAAGAUUCCCCUGACACACCGGAAUGUCGAUACCUUCGUGACCGAGCAAGAGUUUAAUGAGGCUUGUCGACCCAAUCAACACACCCCCGAGAUACAGGUGGCCGAAUGGCUUGAACAUGUUGCUUGA